GUGUGAGCAUCGCGUGUGGGAGCGCCGAUCGUGUUGCGAUGGAGCGAUGAGGGCGUGCGGGCGCGCGGCGUUUUGCUGGGCCCUGCUGUGCCUCGCCGGUGGCCUGGCGGCGCCGCGCCGCCUCUAUUGCGAGCGCGCCGACGUGGCGUGGCGGGCCUACCGUGCGCCGGCUGCCUUUGAGGCGCGCGUGCAGUCCCUGGCGCGGGACGCCGCCACAGUGCAGGUGCGCCGCGUGCUGCGCCGCCAGGGCCGCUGGCCCCGCGAGGACUCUAUUCUGCGCCUCGAGCUGCCGCGGGAGAACCUCGAGUGUUCGGGACGUUUCGAAGUGCCCUUGGAGAACAGAAAGAACUAUAUCGUGUUCGCGGAGCGGCACGGGCACGCCGCAGUGGCGCUGGGCCCGCCGCUGCGCCGUACCGCCAAGCUGAUGCGCCGCGUGCGCGCCGUCUACAGGCAGGGCUACAGCAGUCCGGCGCGCGUGGAGGCAAUGUCAGACGUGCGGGUAUCGCGCGGUGGCCGCGUGCGUGUGGAGUGCCGCGCCAGCGGGCGACCGCCGCCGCGCAUCUCUUGGUACAAAGACGGCAAGCCGGUCGCAGAUAUCGCGCUCAGAAGAUUCCGGGUGCAGAACUACAGACGGCGCUCGGUGCUGGUGAUCCGGCACGCGCGGAAGGAGGACGCGGCGCGGUACGAGUGCAGGGCGCAGGGGGUGACGGGCCCGCCCGCCGUCGCCAGCGCCAAUGUCACCGUACUGCUGCCGGCCGCCACGCCGACAGACACAGCGUCCCUGGGCGCGCCGUGUCCUAUGCCGGACCCGGCUUCGUACUGCCUCAACGGCGGUACAUGUUUAUAUUUCGAAUUAGUUCAAGAGCAAGCUUGCAAGUGUCCAGAAGGAUUCAACGGGCAACGCUGCGAGAACAAGGACGUGUCGAACAGGAGCAGUAUGUCUCAUUCCUACACAUGCAAACUGGGCCUUUCCACGUCCUACUACUGCUAGCCCGCGCCGCGCCGCGCCGCACUGCGCCCGCGACGCUUUGCCCACCUCGUUCCAAUUUUAUAUUUAAAAAUUUAGAUCGCAACAACGCACCGAGCGCACCAAAUGUCCGCCAGAUAGUCGAUAUAGUUGCGUUCCGGAUUCGUGCUUGUUAUUGGGGUUUUGUUUCAUCAAUUGAAUGUGCAAUUCGCUACUUUUAAUUGGAAUUGAUAAUAGAAACUGCCAUAAAUAAUUACGUACAAUAAUUAAAUUACCUAAUACAAUAAUAAGUCUCAAAGUUUAACUUUAAAAUAAUGUAUUAUAUGAUAUCUCAAACCCUCAAGCAAACUAUCAAAAAGUCUUCGUGUAAUUGUAAAGUAUUUUGGUCUAUGAACUAAACCAUGCCGGAUAGAUCUAGUACAAUUUUAGAAAUAAAACGCCCAGUAACAAAUUAAUCUGGUUAAUCACAAAUUUAUUAAUCACGCGUAUAUAUUUGAAAAUAGGACGUUAUUUAAAAUUUGGUUUUAUUUUAUUAGGAUACAAAAUAGCAAAAUGACAUUUUUAUUGUUAAGGCAAUGAGGCAAUUGGCGUUAAUAGUAUUUGAUGAAAUAAGAUCCAGACUCGACACCAUUUCAAAGUGAUAAACAUGUUUAUUAGGAAACUCAUGUCUCUCCUGUUUAUGAGAUUGCAAUGUAGUUUCAAAUUAUGCAAUUAUUGUGAUGAUUAUUGGUUGUUUACAUAAAAGGUACUAUCGAAGAAAAAUAUACUUUAAAGAUUAGUAUUUUUGAAACAAAUUAAGAAAAACAUAUUUAACGAAUUCGAUUCGAAACGAGAAGUUGAAAAUCAAUUAAAAAUCUAUAAUACUUUUCUAGUUAAUCAGUUUGUGAACGAAGACCUUAUUAUGGCGUCCUAUGUUUAAAGUUGUAAAUAUUUUACACUGUAUUUUGUAAUUUUGCGAUUUAUUUUAUUGUUAUUAACUCGUUAAGGUUUGAUAACUCGUUUUAGUGGGUAAAAUCCUGAUGAAGAGACUUGCAAGUUUUGUACAUAUCUAAUAGGAUAAGUAAUAAUUUUUAUGCGAAAAUUAAACACAAUAUUCACAUUUCGAACCGACUCGCUGCGCACUUGUUUUACAUUUUGGCGGGAAAAAUGACAAGUUUCUUGCCAGUGUUUACUGUUCUAAAAUUUAAAUUUUAACAAUUAAUUUUUUUAUUAAAAGUAGUUUAAUAUCGUGUUAAGAAAGUAAGGUGCCUUAAUAUUAUACGGACAUGAAUAAAGUAUUACAAUUAUUUGCAAAUUAUAAAUAUUUCAUAUGACAGGCGCGUGGCGGGAUUGGCCAAACAUUUAAAUCUAAAAAUAUUUCCCAAAUUAUUUCGAAAAUCCGAUAUACUCCACCUAGUCAAACAGCAGUUUUAUUACUUAAAAAAACUAGUUAGGCUUAUAUUAAUUAAUUUAUAUAAUUUAAUGAGUGUGGCUAAUAGGAUGAGUCGUUGGUUGUUGAUGUAGCGAAAUCUUUUUUUCCUAUUUGCGAUCAAAAAUAGAGAAUUAUUAUAACGUUCAAAUUAUGCAUUAUGGAAUAUCACUGAACAAAACUAAUUAAAUUAAAUUUAUAUAAUAGAUACACAUUUAACCAUGGAAAUUGAUUUUAUAGUAAUUCAUAUGCACUAAGCAGCUGUCAGAUUGACUAAUUCGGUGAUGUUCCAAUGUUGGCACUAUAGUCGAUAGCACAUGCAGAAUUUAUGACAUUUCUUGUAUAAAGAACUUUUAUUUUUAAGUUCAUUAUUUAUAUGUAAUUAAUUAGUAAAGGGACUAUUUAUUUUAUGCUAUUUGAGAUACUAGGGCAUUAUUAUGAAGGUGGAAUGACGUCUGAUAUUAUUUAAAUAUAUUUUUUUUAUUUUCCAAAAAAUGUGUGAUUCUACUUAUUAGUUAGAAAAAAAUUAUAAAAAGUUACACCCCAAAACUAUAGAAAGCUAUAAUUUAUUUGCCCGGCUUAAUGAAUGACGUCGUUGCAUCUUUUCAAAAGUUUUUGUAUUCUCACAACAAAUAUUAAAACAGCAAACAUGUUAUAUUGUAAUAUACCAAAUCACAAUAAAAGAAUGAGUGUUGGAAUUAACAGAGAGGCAAUAAUUUUAA